AUGAAUUCAUUGGCGUCCUUAGCCUUUCAACACCCAAGCCAUGGGCAGGAUCUAGAACCUGGUUCUGAUGUUCUUCCCCAGCAACUUCCAGUCGUUUUUUUAGUCUGCACCCACGCUGAUAAACCUUAUCAUGGCAGAGACCCAUUUGAAAUUGCGAAUGAAGUUUAUGGGACAUUGAAAGAGAGACCCUUUGGUACCCAUUUGUUUGACGUGUAUUGUGUGGAUAAUACAAAGUCAGGCAGUGAGUCUGAGUGUCAAGAAGUCAAGCGCUUAAGACAGGAUGUUCUUUCUGUUUCCAAGGAAUUGCCACAUGUUAAAGAAGUAAUUCCUGUUAAGUGGUUAAAGUACGAAAAGACACUUGAAUGCAUGAAGAAAGAAGGGCAGAAGUGGAUUUCACUUGCUAAAGCAAAGUGCGUUGCAUGUGAUCAAUGCGAAAUCGAGAGUGAAGAUGAGUUUAAGACGCUGCUCAACUUUCUGCAUGACCUAAGAAUCUUGAUCCAUUUUGAUGACACCGCAGAGCUGGAAGAUAUGGUGGUCCUGGAUACUCAGUGGUUGAUAGACGUUUUCAAGAAGGUGAUAACUGUAAAACCCUACCACUGGAAAGAAAAGCCAUUUGUAGACCUAUGGUGUAGGCUCGAAAAGGAAGGAAUCUUGGAGGAGAAGCUUUUAGAACAUGUCUGGAAACCUUUGAUUCUCCACAAAGAAACAUCUGAAAGUUUAGUUGCAAUAAUGGAGAGAUUUAGUCUGCUAUGUUCAUGGCCCUCACCUGAUGUUUCCGGUAAUAAACAAUACCUGGUACCAUCAAUGCUGAAGUCACAUCCACCAGAAGCUGUCAUGAAGUUGGUGUCAACUGCACAUAUGCCUUCUCUUGUUCUCAAAUUUGAAUCUGGUAAAGUGCCUUCUGGCCUAUUUCCUCGACUAGUGCUGCAGUUUUUUCUUUGGGGAAAAGAAAUGUUUUGGAGCUCAGCAAAACCAAAGAUGUACCACAGCUUUGUCAGGUUUUUUCUGUCAAAAGAUGCUGGAGGUUCUGUGAUUCUUCUUUGUCACUCGUGUUACAUUGAGGUUGUCUAUCAUCAUGGGAGUGUAGACGACGGAUUAGGAAAUGCUUUACGGUACCAGAGGUCGAUGGAUAUCUGUUAUAAAGAACAUGAAUUAACGUGUGUCCGUGUCAUCUGUAGACAGUUUGGUUUGAUUCUGGAGUGCAUGCGCAAUCAGUUCUGCUGGUUGAACAGUAUGAGAUACACAAUGGGUAUCAUCUGCCCGGUUUGCCGUGAACAAAGUGCCAAUGACUACUGCGAUAAGCAUCAGAGUCUAGAUUGCAAAGAAGAGGACUGCCUCCACUUUUGGCCCCAGUCUGAUUUGUUUGCUUCUAAGGGGGAAGUCUUUUGCGACAAAUCGGUGUGUGCGCAUAAUAGUAGAUUCAGCCCUGAGCGCUGGGCUCCUUGGUUUCCACCUCAGAAUGAUCAGGUAAUUUUCAUUACGAAGCUGCAAAAAAAACAAGUAACUCUACCAUUGCAGGUCAAAUAAUUUAAUUUAGGUAAGGCAUAUACGUGGUAAAUCAGAGUUUAUUGACAUAGUUGUCAAUCUUUAAAUACAAAGAAAUUGAAAGGCUCUUUGGAAUAUGUCUGAAUGUUGCAGAAUUUCCGAAGAUUUUAGGGAGCGUAACAGACAUGUUCACACCAUUGGCAGAAUAUAUAUUGUGUAAAGGUCAAUUAUCAAUUAUCAAAACGCAGUGUGGUAACGAAAAAGCAUAUCGUGAUUUUUCUGGCCAUUUUUGAACCACAAUUUCAUAAUUCUCAGAUCAUGAAAUGUGAGAAAAUUUUUCAGUCCUUCUUUUUUUUUAAAUAUCAUAGGUGUCAUGCAGUAAUUUCUGUGAGAAAACUUUGUCUUUGGAUACAGGUGAGCUUCCUACCUAGAAUUGCAUGUUUACGACAAUCGACGCAGGUUCUCGUCUACAAUGCACCAAAAUCUCAAAUCACUCUGCCUCGUUGUUUAUUAACAAUAUUUCCAAACUGGUCAAGAGUAAAUGCAGGCACUUCUGAUCUCCUGAUGCUUGAGGUAUCCUCUUUUAUUCACUCAAAGCAAAUGGUCGUGUUUGCGCACACAAUUGCGCAGUUCUCAAAUUAGCCUAUUCCAAAACGCUGAGAAUCUGGCUAGAUAGCUAUAAUGUCACACAAUCUUCAUGUUUUCAUAAACUUGUAUCCUUAGGAAAUACAGAUGGAACCCUUUUUGUUCCUGUUGAGAUUCUAGACUCCCUUUUGUCACGGUCGAUUGAUUGCAAAGAUGUUGUACAACAACUGAAGGACAAACUCAAUCUGGACCAAGCUGCUUUGCAAGAUCCCGAUCCUAAUAAAAUGAAGUCGAUUCGUUACUUGGCCAGAAAGGCUAACAUCGCGGGCCGCUAUGAUGUGAUUAAAGAGCUUAGAAGUUUUGUGCCAGCAGGGACCACAGGUAGGUUCGCUUUCAAAACUUUCCCUACUGUGCAAGAACUCAAAGUCACCAAGAGGUCAAUUUUAUGCAAUCGAAAUAUUGCUCUGAGAAAAAGAAAUAUAUAUCCAUGCCGAGUAAGGUACAAACCUAUUCCUCGAUGGUCAGGGGUUAUCCUAUGUGAUAUAUCAGAAUAUUUUAAGUCUUAUUGGCUCUGUUUUUUAACCAAAUGGUUUUCAUGUACAUUACGGAUUCGCCCUUCUGUCAGGUUUUCAAAAUCGUACAGCAUAAAAUUUUCGCUACACUCCGAUUUUCCAACUUACGACACUACAAGAUAAUUACUAAAUGGAGAGACGAGAACUAACAUAAUUGUGGUGACGUAAAGUGUAAAUCUCGUGAACUUAACGUCAUAUCAUACAGUGACUUAAUUGGAAGAGGGCUAUUUAUCACUGUUUCCUAAUAGGCGUGACUUUUGUAUCAGAGUCUACAUCAAUUUUCAAUGUGAAUGGAUUUUGUGGUCAAUUUGCUCAAGAAUAUUAACUCACAUUUAGGCAUGAACUGCCUGGAUACAAAGUGAGCACUUUGCUGUCACUGUAGCUAUACUGUCCCGCAGUUGUCCUGUCCCGCAGUUGUCCCGCAGUUGCGUCUUUGUUCAUUUUUAACAUUUUAUUCUUGAACUCAACCUUUUUGGGUUGUUAGGUGUUGUGCUUUUGGAUUUCAUUUUUUUUUUAUUAUUAUUAUUAUCCUAUUUCUUUUUGCUAGCUCCUUUGUUAUCUGAGAGCCUUCACAUUCGACAAAUACCUUUCAGUCAGCGGAGAAAGCUCACCAUUGCCUUAAGUGGUAAGGCUAUAAAACAAAGCAUAUGAACCUUUGACAUUUUACUAGUAGAGGGGUUUUAUUAGUGGGAAGUCUAAACCAGUUUUAUUUUAAACUUUUAUGGUAGCGUUCGACAAAAACUCGCAAAAUAUGUAAAUUAAAGGAUGACGAAUGAACUUGUGCUAUCUCAAGAACCAGUUGUGUUGAUAAAGCGUGUUUACUUCUGUAGGUUUAGACGAGUGGAAACUUUUUGCCGAAAAACUUGGGCUGACCCCAGAGGAGAUUCGUUUCCUUGACCAGCGCACCUUGAAUCCAGUUGAUGCUACCUUGAAUCACAUUGCACAAAGAUGUCCGUUAACUGUGGGAGAUCUUUACGACCUAUUAAACGACUGUGAGCUACCUGUCAUAGCUGAUGAGCUCUGACAGAAGAUAUUUUCCUUAUCGGAGAUAUUAGUUUCUUAAACUAAGAGAAAAUUGAUUUUUAUCCAUAUGAAUAGG